AUGAGUGACUUUCACACACCGACCAAGUCACACGCUUUGGAUGGAGUUGUUGACUCUCCUGUUCUGUCUAUAAAGUACCGAGAUCUGAAUAGUGCUAUUGAAGCGAUCAGACUGUUGGAGACAGAGCUAUCAGAGUUCCAGACUUCGAGUUAUGAAUUGGAAAAGGAGUUGGAGCAGGAGUUAGAUUCACUUGAAAGGGAGAACAUCAAGCUACAAGGUGACGUUAAGAAGGCUGAAUCAGAGCUAUCCACUUCGAGGGAGGAAUUUGUGCGUUAUAAGCAACAGUCAGAGAAUGAAAAGUUGGUGUUUAAGGCGCGUAUCAAAGAGCUGGAAGAGGAACUUAACAGGAGACAACGACAAUUGGUUGAAAAGGAUAUUCAAAACGAGAAUAUCCAGCAAACGGAGAGAAAUUUGCAAAGCGAUUAUGACGAACUGCUCGAAAAGUUCGAGUCCUGUGAGGAAAGGGCGGUGCUGCUUGAAAACGACCUAGUUGAUGUCAAAGAACAGCUUUCCAAGGAGAUACUAUCCCAUCAAAACACCAAGAAUGAGCUUACUGAGCUGAAGAACAAUCCAUUGCAAGUGGCUAAAGACGUAAAGCAGUCACAGACCACCUCGUCAAGGACGAUGUACCGGUCCAGCUCUCUAAGGCAGCUGCAUACGAUACUGUCGCAGACUCAUAACAUGGAGCACAAGCUGGAGAAUAUCAAACGAUCUUUACACUCUGGGAAUGCUCAGCGCAAGACGAGUGCCACCACUGGAAUCACCAAUGUUGGCGUACUAUUGAGCACAACGGGGAGCUUUAAAGAGGACCAGAUCACCACCAGAGGCGGCCAACGUGUGAGGACAGUGUCUAUGCCAACAUCAACAGUACUGUCUUCUGAGUCAUCGCAAAGCAGGAAAAGGAUUCCAAACUCCCCAUCUUCAACUGCGCUAUCAUCUCUUGCAGGUAGGCUCAGCAGUUCACUGGGAACCAUUGAGGGAAGCCCCAAUAAGGAUAGAAUUUGA